AUGGAUGCCAGAUAUCUUCUAGGCAGAAAUGUUCUCAGCAUGAACACUAAAGCCAAGGAUGGGGACUCCUGGAUAUGGAAAGGAAUCCUAGAAGGUAUAAGCAACAUACAACAACACUGCUCCUGGAGGAUUGGAAAUGGCAGAAGGAUCCAAAUUUGCAAAGACGUAUGGUUACCAAACUCCACAGCAAAACUUCAAAAACCCCAUCGCUGCCCUCAUUAUAUAUAUAAGUUAGAAGCCUUGAUUAUUCCAGAUGGAAAUUGGGAUGAAGCUCAAAUUUCUAACAUUUUCAUCAGGGAGGAAGCUGCAGUUAUUCUUACUGUACAGACACACCCAAAUGAAGAAGACAGAAUGAUUUGGAACAUCAACAACAUAGGAGUUUUUUCUGUCAAGGACCUUUACCAGGCAAAAAUUGAUCACCUCUACAGAAAUGACACCCCAGCUGGCUAUUGGGAAACCAUUUGGAACAUGGAGGUGGCUCCAGUAAUCAAAAUCUUUAUUUGGAAAUGUGCACAUGGAAUUCUUCCCACAAAUGCCAAGACAGCUAACAUACUUCAUUACAUCAAUCCAUUAUGCACUGUCUGCAAUAGUGGAGAAGAAGAAACCAUGUCUCACAUGUUCCUAAAUUACACUACUACUGCUUCAGUUUGGCAGGAAAUUCUUGGCACCUCCCAUACUCUCUUUGAUAACAAUACUAUCUUCAUUGAGUGGAUGAACUCCUGGUUUCAACUAGGAAACACUGAUUGCAGCAUCUUUGCCACCACAUGUUGGUACAUUUGUAAAGCUAGAUGUGAUUUUAUAUUUAAACAAAUCCAGACUUACGUGGGAGUAAUCACCUUCAGAAUAAGGCAGUAUUUGUGCAACCAUAAUAGAAUUCAUGCAGUGCCAAAUCAUAUCUUGAACAACUUCCCUCUCUUACCAGAGGAAGCUGAAAAUACUCAUGCACAUUACACCUGGAAUGCAGAAACAGGAUUUGGGAAACAUAUCAGUAUCUGUACUAUUCAAGAUCCUGAGAACUUUGUUUGUUACACUUCCUUAACUAUGACAGAUUUUGCAGGAAACAUCAUUGGCACUAGAGGACAUCCAGGACACUAUGGAGAAUGGGGAGUCACAGGAGGCGCCGACCUAGCUUUCCAGUGGGCCAAAGAGAUGCAACACACAAACAUUGCAAUAUCUGCUGAAUCAAUGGACAUUCUAUAUCGUUUCAAACUACUCUACAAUGAAGCUUCUCAAGGAAGAUUUCAUCUCAAAUACUAUGAAGCGGGACAAAGUCAAGAAGACACUAGUACAAAUAUGGCCAUAAAUCCCAUAUCCUUUGUUUUAUUAAAUCUUGGUAUUAUUACUCGUAGUCAAAACAUGGAGGCGUUUAACUUAGCCUUCUUUGCAAGAACAACGUUGGCAGACUGA